AUGAUACUUCCUUGGCUUGAUGGAUAUGGCAUUGAAUCCAUCUUUGGUCAAAACGUCAUCACCGAAAAGCCCAACUUUGCUGUUCCUUGUCAGAUAAAUCGUGAUUCUCCAGCGCCCUUAGUGAAGGGCUCCAGAGUGGUUCCUAACAAGUUCAUUGUUGUUUUCAAAGAUGAUGUCACCGAUGCCGACUUCGCCUCUCAGAAGUCGUGGAUAACCUCGCUCGUCGGUUCCAUAAUGAACGAAGAAAGCAAGGCGCUCUCAUUCUUCCAACUUCCCUCCUUGCAGGGCUUGCUGGGCUAUUUUAACGAUGACGUCUUGAAGAUGAUCCAGGAGAGCCCUCACGUCAAGUAUGUGGAGGAGGACGGCAUCAUUAAUCUUUACGGCACCGAAGUUCAGGAGGACUCCACUUGGGGUAUUUCCAGAAUCUCUUCCCGUAAGAGCGACCAUAUUUUGAACUCUUAUACCCACGAUCCUUCUGGUGGCGAGGGCGUCACUGCUUAUGUCGUGGACACCGGCGUCAAGGUUUCCGAUGCUGAUUUCGAAGGACGUGCUGUGUAUGGCCAAGCAGUGGCAUUCCCUCACUUGGAGGUAGAUUUUCAUGGCCACGGCUCGCACGUGGCAGGAACAAUUGGCUCUAAGACAUGGGGUAUUGCCAAGCUGGUGGAAAUUGUCGCAGUGGGUGUGUUGGGCCCGAUGGGCACAGGGUCAACCACUGACGUCAUCAAAGGUAUUGAAUUUGUAGUUCAGGACCAUCAUAAGAAGAUUCAAGAGAAGAAAAAGGGCUUCAAGGGCUCUAUCAUGAACCUAUCCCUUGGAGGUGGUGCUAGUGACGCUUUGGACGCUGCUAUCAACGCCGCCGUGAAGUCAGGCAUACAUGUGGUGGUUGCUGCCGGUAAUGAUAAUGCUGACGCUUGCGAGUACUCUCCUGCCAGAGCCAGUGGUCCAAUCACCGUUGGUGCUAUUGACAGGUUAGACAGUAAGUGGUCUUCUUCCAACUAUGGUAAAUGCGUGGACAUUCACGCUCCUGGUGUUGAAAUUGAAUCUAUCGGACUCUCUUCUAAUCCUGUUAUCAUGUCUGGUACUUCCAUGGCAUCUCCGCAUGUGGCUGGUGUUGCCUCUUACUUGUUGUCUUUGCAGCCGGGUUCGGGCUCCGAAUUUAACAGCAACCUCAUCAAGCCUGCUGAGUUCAAGAAGAGACUUAUCAAUUACGGUACGGAGGAUGUCAUUCACGGCCUCGGCGAUGACACUGUGAAUAUCCUUGCCUACAACGGUGGAAACAAGCCACUCGAGAUUUGGAACUAA